UUAUGUACCAAUCUAACUUUAUUCUCCUAAAGUGUUUCGUGUGUAAGUCAUUGGAAAACUUUUAUUGCAAGGUAAAAACGAAAAAAUUCAAAAUGGAACUUCAAUUUAUUGAGAAAUUAAAUGCACUAAAUUAUAAAUAUUGGGCUAUAAUGGCGCGUACUUAUCUUGAAAAGGAGGAGUUGUGGGAUGUUAUUGAGCGAAAAGAUCCGGCUUCAAAUACUUUGGUUAGAGAAAAACGCGUCAAGUUCAUAUUACUUUGCAUCAUUGAGCCAGCAUUUAUAAAUGAUCUUCCGGAAAAUGUUAGAAGUGCAAGAGAGUUGUGGUUGCAUUUUGCUGGACGUUUUGUAAAGAGACGAAGCGUGUCACAAUCCCCUGCUUCAUCACCCACUGAUAAGAAGCGCACUGUGUUUUUUUCAAAGUAAAAUUUAUUUAUCAUUAGAAACUUAUUCAAAGAAACAGAUAUAUAUAUGUAUAAA